CUCUUUCUCUUUAUUUCCCCCAGGGCACCCGGACCGGACGCAGGACGGGUACCUUCUGGUUUCAGAACUGAUCAAUCAAUGAUGGGGGGCAUCAGAGGAGGUCCGGUGAAAAUACAGAAGAGGUUAAUUGAGCUGUUGGUGCUAGUUAGUAUCAUUGAUUUAACUCGCGGUGCCAUUCAGAGACCAGACUACGAUGACACACCCGACCCGGAGUUCCUCAACCCGUCGUGGAUGGCGAGCAUCCCCGAUGAUCAGCCACUGUCUGAGGUCACUAUGCCCGGCACCCACAACACCAUGGCCCUGUACGGCGGCGUCUAUGCAGAGUGCCAGACCUGGAGCUUGGCCUCCCAGCUCCGAGCCGGCGUCCGAUUCCUCGACAUCCGUGUCCGCCACGUCAAGGGGAACCUCACCAUCCAUCACGGCGUGUCGUAUCAGUGGGCGCACUUCGGCCAAGUUCUAGAGGGUGUGGCCGACUUCCUCGGCGAGUAUCCCAGUGAGACGGUGCUGAUGCGCGUGAAGGAGGAGUUCAGUGAGACGUACGACAUCUACGGUGCUGUGGUCGACCACAUCCAUCGCUACGCCAACUGGGACCUGCUGUGGCACAGCCGGCUCGUGCCAACCAUGGGAGAGGCCAGAGGGAAACUCGUCGUUCUGCAAGACUUCUCUGGGCCGGACUUGGGGAUGCACUAUGGCUCCUUGGACAUAGCUGAUGAUUGGAGUGUACCCACAGUUCUGCAUGUGAAGGAGAAAUGGCAGAGCGUCUAUGAGCACCUGGAGGCUGCACCUGCAGGCAACAAGGCCCAGAUAUUUCUCACCUUCAGCAGCGGAGCUGGUGUGUUUGCGUUCCCCAGAGCCGUCGCUCAGCGCGUCAAUCCACAGCUGCACGACUACCUGAGGGCCAAGACAGACCUGAACCAGCGCCUUGGAAUUGUAUGCAUGGACUUCCCUGCCGCUCCUAUUAUUGAAAUGAUCAUUAGCUUCCAACUGAAAGAGGCCAAAAAUAGCCGGAAUGGCAUUAUCACCGUAUCUGGCAAGGCAAGUUGGAAAUAUGUAAUUUCUUCUCUGAAAAAGAAGAUGUUCGAAUAUUUAAUUUAAAAGUUAAUGCCUGAGCCAAAAUCACGCACAAGGGAAUAGUAGAUUUGUCAGUGACUGUACAAUCAAUGAGACAUCAAUAUGGACAUCAAUUAAUGCAAUUAUAGUUGCAACCUUACUACUUUACUGUAACGGACAUGAUGUAAAUUGUGCCUUCUCAUUGAGUCAUUCACCAAAGAUAAUGGAAACAAAAUAAACGUUGCAUUGAUCGUA